ACUUUAUACUUUUUGGUUGUGCUUUGUUCACGUUCCUUUUAUUUUAUCUUAUUUAUAAUGUCCAGUCUUCAUGUUUGUUUCUCCAAUUUGACUGUAAAGUCACAACCUGAAGUAGCUCUUUCUCAAACUUUGUUUGACUUUGGCACAAUGAAUCAUGAUCUCAUACAAGAUCCCAAUUCUAUUCCUAUUCCUCAACAACAGUUACCUUUAAAUGCUAUUAUGGAUGAUAAUUAUGGUUCAUCAUUUGGUUCUUUCUCUUCAGCGGCUGAUUCAUUGGUACAUGAUAAUGCUAUUGUGAUUCCUACUGGUAGUCCUAAUUCUACUUUUCAACAAGAUUUUUGUUUGAUGGAUGAUCAAGAACAAGAUGGAUUGGGUUUACUAUCAACAUCAUCUGCCUAUGAAUCUGAUAUUUCUUUUUGUUCACCUACCACACCAAUGGCCAAUAUGGUAUCACCUUAUUGUUUCUCUAUGGAUGAUAUGAUGUUGAUCCCUUCUUCUCCUUGGAAUAUUUCUUCCCCAUCACCAUCCUCUUCUUCUUUUUUGGAUCCAACUGGUUAUUUGGAAAACUCUCAACAACAAGAAAUGGUGAAAGAAGAAACAACAACAACAACAAAAAAGAGAAAGCCUGCUGCUCGUCGUCGUGAAUAUAAAUGUCCUCAUUGUCCACGUAAGAGCAAUCGAUCCAACAAUAUGAAGGAACAUAUUUUGACUCAUGAUCCCAAUCGACCCAAGAAUUUUGCCUGUACUGUAUGUACCAAACGUUUUGCCCGUAAACAUGAUUUGAAACGACAUAUUCAAUCUCAUGAACGUAGUAUUCAAAAGAUGAUGAUUGCUUGUGGUUUGGCUCCUCCUUCUUCCCUUUAGACUAGAUUUUAUUUUUUUUUAUUUUUUUUUUCAACUUUGUAUAUUCUGUACAUCUCUUUCUCUUUUUUUGGUGCCACUUUUUUUUUGAUCUUGUAUAUACUUAUCUUCCUUUUUUUUUUAUGACAAUUGUACAACUUUCCACCUUUUUUUUUAUGUAUGUUUGUAUUAUUUUUAUUUCUUCCUAUCUUCAAUAAAUGAACAUGUU